AUGGUUACCCACAAUUCCAGCCAAAACAUUAAGUUCUUGGAGAUAUUGGGAGAGGACGAUGCAGAGAAAAAUUGGAACAUUUCUAUUUAUACAGAUAACAAAGGAAACAUUUCGAUAAAAACCAUUCCACUUCAAAUAACAACGCAAGGAUACAUUUCGAAAAGAAGUGUUCCUAAUACUGAUGAUGAAGAUUUAAAUUUUUUUGGUAGCGGUAGUGGAAGUGGAGAUGGACGCAAUGCAAUUUUGUCGCCUACUAAGAGGGAUUUCAAAAAUGACAACAAUGUCAAUAAUAAAAAGACUACCAGAGACUUGAUAUCAUUGGAAAACAAAUUAAACAGCAGCAUCAGUGACAACGGAACUGUCCAUGGAAAUUACAGAAAACAUCAAAAUCAUUUUGCAAAUGCACCUAGGAAAGCAUUAAACAUCAAUUCAUCUUCUACUGAUGAUGAUGAUUUAGUAAUUUCUGGUAGUGGCGAUGAAAGAAAUGAAGAUGCACAUGAUAAUAUGACGUCUCGUUCAUCAAAUAGCAAUAGCAUUUUCAAAGUCACAUCCUCCACCUCAAACAAAUCUAUUCGAACUGAAGAUAAUCCUGUUGUUGAAAGUAAUAUCAAGAAUAGAGAAGCUACAAAAUCAUCAGAAAACAAUUUAUCUGAAAUAAUAACCCAAAUGCCUACUGUAGAAACUAAUUUUUUCAAUAGCGAUGAUGAAGAUUAUGAAUUUUCUGGUAGUGAUGAUGAUAACAGAGAUGAAAAUCUUGUGAACUCUAAAGAGUUUUUUACAGACAAAGAGGUACAUUUUUGUCUAAAUAGUAUUCCUACUGUCGAAAAUACCAUGAAAAAAAUCGUUAAUGAUAACGAAGCAAAACAUUCAUCAAAAACCAAUUCAUUUAAAUCAACAACCCAAUUAGUUGUUUCAAAACAAUUUCAUUCUACCACUGAUGACGAAGAUUACAAAUUAUUUGGUAGUGGUGGUGAUAUAAAUGAAGAUGAAAAUUCUCUAGAUUCAAUUACAAAAGAUCAAGUGUUUAAUUUGAAUGAUAUUAAUACUCUUACUAUUCCUAUUAGAACUGUCACCAGUAGCAUUAAUAAUGAUGAAAGCGAAGAUAAGGAAGAAAGAAAUCUGAAUACAUCUGAAAUAACAAGCAAAAUGCCUAUCACAAGGAUUGUUACUCCUGACAGCGAUGAUGAAGAUUACGAUUUCUCUGGAAGUGGUGAUGAAAAUUCAGAUACCACACAUUAUUUUACAAACAGCAUGGAGAAGUUCCAUUUACAAAGUUUCACUACAAACCUAACUUCCUCAGUUUCUAUUCCAUUCAUUAACUAUUCAAGGAAGUCCCAUUUAUCUGAAGUGACAACCGAAAUUCAUAUUUUAAGGAAUGUUGAGUCUGAUGACGAUUACGAAUUCUCUGGAAAUGGUGAUGACGGUAGUGACAAAAAUCAUGAAGAUUCUAGAAAUUUUAUCAUAGGUGACCGUAAGAAAUAUAAUAUACAAGGUAUUACAACUACUAGUCCAUUGGCUACGAUUCAAUUGGAAAAAAUAUCCCAAAGCACCAGCAAUCAUAUUUUUGAUAGUAUCAAACACAACGAAACAGCAAGUUUAUUAAAGGAAAAUUUGACUGAAAUAAUAACCGCCGUGCAUAUUAUAAAGGAUGUUAUUCCUAACGGCGAUGAUGAAGAUUAUGAACUAUCUGGCAGUGGUGAUGGAAACAAAGUUGAAAACAAGGCAAAUUCUACAGAUUUUGUUUCAAAUGACAAGGAAAAGGUUCACGUACAAAACACUGCUAACAGUACUACUGAUUUACUUCAUAUAAUGACGACAUUUUCACGAACUGUUUCUAUUGGUACCAGUAAUAACAUUGUUGAUAAGAAUAACAAAAAUAACGAAGCAACUAAUUCUUUCGUGGACAAUUCAACUGAUUUAACAACCAAACUGUUUGUUAUAAAGACCUUUGUUGCUAACAACGAUGAUGAGGAUUAUGAAUUUUCUGGCAGUGGUGAUGAUGCUAAUUCUUUAGAUUCUGUUACAGGCAAUACAGCAGAGUUCAAUUUUCAAUAUAAUUCUAGUCCUCCUACUAUAGUCAGUGAUUUUAAGGGAUCAUCUGAGAAUAUUUCGUCCAGCCGUAACAAAAGUGGCACCAUAUAUUAUGAAACCACAAACUCAUUGGGAUCUAAUUCAUCUAGAAUAACAAAUGAAAAACAAAUUUUGAAGAAUGUGGUUUCCAAUAGUGAUAACAAAGAUGAAGAGUUAUCUGGAAGUGGAGAUGAUGAAGAUGAUGAAUAUGAUAUAUCGGUUACAAAUGACAAGGAAAAGUUUUACGUACAAAAUACUGCUGACACUACUAUUACUACACCUUAUAUAACAACUGAUUUGGCGAAAGUUUCACGCACUGUUUCUAUUGAAAGUGGCAGCAAUAACAAAAAUACCAAAGCAACCAAAUCUUCAGUGGACAAUUCAACUGAUUUAAUAACCAAAAUGUAUAUUAUAAAGACCUUUGUUGCUAACAACGAUGAUGAGGAUUAUGAAUUUUCUGGCAGUGGUGAUGAUGCUAAUUCUUUAGAUUCUGUUACAGACAACACACCAGAGUUCAAUUUUAAAUAUAAUUGUAGUCCUCCUACCAUAGUCAGUGAUUUUGAGGGAUCAUCUGAGAAUAUUUCGUCCAGCCGUCACAAAAGUGGCACCAUAUAUUAUGAAACCACAAACUCAUUGGGAUCUAAUUCAUCUAGAAUAACAAAUGAAAAACAAAUUUUGGAGAAUGUGGUUUCCAAUAGUGAUAACGAAGAUGAAGAGUUAUCUGGUAGUGGAGAUGAUGAUGAUGAUGAAUAUGAUAUAUCGGUUACGAAUGACAAGGAAAAGUUUUACGUACAAAAUACUGCUGACACUACUACUACUACACCUUAUAUAACAACUGGUUUGGCGAAAUUUUCACGCACUGUUUCUAUUGAAAUUGCCAGCAAUAACAAAAAUACCAAAGCAACCAAAUCUUCAGUGGACAAUUCAAUUGAUAUAACAACCAAAAUGUAUGUUAAAAAGACCUUUGUUGCUACCAACGAUGAUGAGGAUUAUGAAUUUUCUGGGAGUGGUGAUGAUGCUAAANAAAG